GAAACAUCGGAAGAAUUUCGAGGUGGCGCUUCUGUCUAAGCUAAGAAGCUAGGUCGUUAGCAAUCAGUAGAGUACAAGUCAGAGUCACAGACAGUAAUAUCCAGUAACACGCCUGACUCCACGCUGUUUGUCUGACUCUACAUGUGACAGGACGGAGUGGAAAUGUCUGCGGCGUCGUUUCACUGCGUGUUUGUGCUCGUUAUGACCUGAUCAACACUUGUUAGCAUUUAGCUUGUUUACUGCUCCACUGUGGCUCUGCAAGGAUCCUCUCUGUACUCUCAGCUGGUUUAAGGACAAUCACACCUUUAAGAGAUGUUCCUGGUGGGGCUGACGGGAGGCAUUGCCUCGGGGAAAAGCGCAGUGUCAUCAAUGCUGCGGGAGCUCGGCUGCGCCAUUAUCGAUGCCGAUGUUGUGGCCAGGAAAGUUGUGGAGCCGCACACUCCCGCCUAUUCUCGCAUCGUGUACCACUUUGGGCCGGAGAUCCUGCUCGAGAACGGGGAGAUCGACAGGCAGAAGCUGGGUCAGCUCAUCUUCGCCAACGAGGAAAAGAGGAAGCUGCUGAACUCCAUCACUCACCCAGAGAUCCAUAAAGCAAUGCUCAAAGAGAUCCUGUUCUACUUCCUCAGAGGGUACCGCUAUGUGGUGCUGGAUGUGCCCCUUCUCUUUGAAACCAGACGUCUCACUCAGUUUCUAAACCACACUGUAGUAGUUUACUGUGACCCUGCCACUCAGCUUUCGCGCCUGAUGCAGAGGGACGGUCUGACCCAGGAGCAGGCCGAGCAGCGCGUGGCCGCGCAGAUGCCGCUGAACGAGAAGCGCGGCCUGGCCAAUCACGUUAUCGAGAACUCGGGCAGCCGGGAGGACACCCACCGGCAGGUCCUGCGGUUGCACACGAAGCUGGAGGACUCCAUGGACUUCCUCCUAGUGAGGGUCAUCGCUAUCGCCGCCACUACGGGUCUGGGUGGGAUUCUGCUGUAUGCAGCCAAGAUACUUUUGUCCUAACAGAGGAGAGGUGAGGGGAAGAAAGAAAGAAAGAGUUUGGUCCAGGAUGAGGGUGUGAAUAGAAGCAGGCAAAGGCACGUCGGGAGGUCCCGAUGCAAUUUACUGUGACAUUAGUUUCACAGCACCCGCCACUACAGUUCAGUGGUGUGACGUGCUCUGUUUGCAGUUAACACUGACUUACAUUAUUGACACUACAUGCACUGACUAAUGGGGUUUAGUGUGAAGGGUUUGAAUGUGCAAUUUCCGUUGGUUUUACUCAGAGAUAUUAAAAACAUGAAGGUGAUAUUCGAGAGUCUCAGUAGCUGCACAACAGUGAUCACAGUCUGGGGACUAUAAACUGGUUAAACCUUUUACUUUGGUGCAGGAAACAACACAUAACUAACAUCCGUAACAAAAUAAAGUCAAAACUGAAAAUGGCAGAAACUAAGAUUUUAUUUUAUUACACCUUUUAUACCACAUAAAGAUAGCCAAAUUAAACGUUUUGGGUGAUCACCAGAUCGUAGAGAGAGCAAAGGAAGAAGUUACAUGCAGAAGUCACUGUGGUUUCUGUGCUUUUCAUUUAUUUGCAACUUUGCAAUUUAGAGUACAAAAUGCCAGUGCUAUCCCCAGUGAUGAAUUAGUUUUAAAUUGGAUGGAAUACUCCUCAUAGAAAACAUAAUAAAAUGCCCAAUGUGAAUGAUCUGACGCUUACAGAAUAUGCUGUGAUUGUAUGUUAAUGACCUGUAUAAUGAGGAUAAAUGACAGAAUGUAUUUGACAAUCCAUUCUCAACGGGAGCAGAGUGAAUUUACAUGAAAUAACAGACUUUAUAUAUAUCACUGUAUUUUCUUACACUUGAAGCUGCCCUCUGUAAAUACUAAAAGUCUGUGAUUUUGUUUUUUCUGUGCAUACUCACUUGUAACUAAAACACGAUUUGUAACAUGUAGCUGCUUAACUGAAAUAUAAAUAAUCCAGCACCACUGUUUUAAAGCAA